AUGGUAUCAACAGAAAAGAAUGAUAUUAAAGUAUGGAACUUUUUAAAUGGAACAAUUAAAUUGAUUAAAACAUUGUAAGGACAUACUAAUUGGGUUUUAUGUUUAGUUUAUAGUAAUAAAUAGAAUUUCUUUAUUUCAGGUGCAUAAGACAAUACAAUAAGAUUCUGGAAAUUAUUGGAUUAAACUAAUUGGAGUAGUUCAUAACCUUACUAAUAACAUACAAACACUAUAGGAUGUAUUAUAUUAAAUUCAAAUGAGGAUCUACUAUUUUCUGGAAGUAAAGAUAAAUCAAUUAAAGUAUGGAAGGUUGAUUUUAAUAAAAAUAUAUUGACAUACAUGUAUUCAUUAGAUAAACAUGAUAAUAAAGUUAUGGCAUUAAGUUUAAAUUAAUCAGAAACAUAAUUAAUAUCAUGUGCAUAAAAUAAGAAUUAGAUUAUAAUUUGGGAAAGAAGAUAAUAAGAUAAGUUUGAAUUCAAACAUUUUGUUACACAGUCAAUUUAAGAAGAAGGACUUAAGAUUAAAUUUAUUAAAGAUAAUUAAUUUAUUUGGAUAACUGGUGGUAAAUAAAUAGAUAAACUCUAUAUAUUUGAAUUAAAAGAAGGAGUCUUUUAAGAAAAUUAGGAGAAGACAAUUCAAUUAAUUAAAAAUAAUUAGAAACCUGAUUAAUAUCGUUUUCCAAUAAUUUACAAUAAGGAGAGGAAUUUAAUUGUAGUAAGACAUAAAACCUAUAUUUAUAUCAUUAUAGAGAUUAAUAAUGGGAAGUUCAAAAUAGUUGAUUAAUUGAAUUGUGACACAAUACAAAUUUAUGGAACUAUCACAAAAAAUGGAUAAUAUUUGGUCUAUUGGGAUGAAAAAAGUCAAGCAUAUUCAACUUAUGAAUUAUAAAAUAAAUAAUAAUUAUAAUUUAAUAUAUAUUGA